ACGAAGCUACGUUUGCCCUGAGAGAGGCGGGGCUGCUCUUGUGGCCCUGGUCUCGCGAGCAUUCGGACCUCUCGCGAGACUAGACGCCCGACUUGUGCGCCCGGGAAACCCCGUUGCUCCCUUUCCCCUGGCUGGCAGCGCGGAGGCCGCACGAUGCCUGGAGUUACUGUAAAAGACGUGAACCAGCAGGAGUUCGUCAGAGCUCUGGCAGCCUUCCUCAAAAAGUCUGGGAAGCUGAAAGUCCCUGAAUGGGUGGACACUGUCAAGCUGGCCAAGCAUAAAGAGCUUGCUCCCUACGAUGAGAACUGGUUCUACACACGAGCUGCUUCCACAGCACGGCACUUGUACCUCCGGGGCGGCGCUGGGGUCGGCUCCAUGACCAAGAUCUACGGGGGACGUCAGAGAAACGGGGUCAUGCCCAGCCACUUCAGUAGAGGCUCCAAGAGCGUGGCCCGCAGGGUCCUCCAAGCCCUAGAGGGGCUGAAAAUGGUGGAAAAGGACCAAGAUGGGUGCCAGGUCUGUCCUGCACGGUCUGCAGCUGCCCCUCAGGCGGUCAGGGAAUUCUGCAGAAAAACGAACAGUGAGGGGCUCACCCCGACCUCUCUGGCUGACUACCCCGAGCUCCGGGAAGGUGCCUUCUUGGGAAGCCCAGCUCACCUCCAGGAGGGGCCUGGCAGCGACAGGGCUGAGAGCCUGCACUCAUGGGGGACUGUGUGACCCUUCUCCCACAGG